UGUGAGUUGGUUUAAUACUAAGUUUAUAAACGUGUCGGCGCCUUACGCUAAUACCUGGCUUGGUCAUAGACGCCUUGCUUGCACACGGAUGCCAAUUUGCUAGGUUACACUCACCACGAUUCCCUUACCUAGCGCUUUUGAAAGUAUUUAAGCAUAAGCUGCAAUUGAAUUAGGCAAACUUCGGCGCCGCGUCUAUCACACGUACACCGCACCGGAGCCACGGAAAUCGGCCAAUUGCUUGCCGAAGGUUGUCGAAUCGUCCGCGCGCUGAGCGGCACAUAAGCAUUACAAAGUCUUUCCACUGACUCAAUCUUCAACCACAGGGAGGUUUGUAUCUCGCGCAAACAUGGCAUCACAUGUCAACCUGCAAGCAAACGCCCUCCGCCCAACCACCAGCGGCGCCCCCUCCGCCCUGACGCCCUGGCCAGCGCCUCGUACUGCUGCGCACGUCCCGCAAGCAACUGCAUCUCCUACUUCGGCCAUGGGCGGCCGCAGUUGUCUCCUGGUGUCCAGCAAUAACCUGCAGCCCGCCCGCGCCUCCCAGCCUGUAACCUCCUUCGGUGCUGUCAAGCAAGACCGGCGGCGCCACGCGACUUGUCUUACGUCAGCCGUACCUCGUAAUGCGGCGGUUAGGACUGCAACAGCCGCUGCUGCUGCAACUGCGACAACCUCUAGUGCAGUAACAAUGGGCUUCAGCAGUACGGGCAGUUACGGCAGCAGUCUGGACGAGCAAGACGGCGGAAUCAUGGAUUCAGAGGAUGACCUGGAGUCGCCUCUGGAGUUUCCCGUGCCGCGAGGUGACACCGCGGGCGCCACUCUGGUGCUGGAGGGAGUGACCCUGCAGGCGGGGGACCGGGACCUGCUCACGGACGUGUCGUACCGUCUGCUGCCCGGCCAGCGCGCGGGUCUGGUGGGGGCCAACGGGUGCGGCAAGAGCUCGCUGCUGCGGCUGCUGGCGGGGCUGCGGGGGGCGCAGGCGGGCAGGGUGCUGGUGGCGCCGGGGGUGCAGGUUGGCUACCUGGAGCAGACCGCGGUGGGCGGCUCCCGGCGGUCGGUGUGGCAGGAGGCGCGCAGCCGCAUGGUGGGGCUGCGGGCGGCGGAGCGGGACAUGCGGCGGGCGGAGAGGGAGCUGGAGGCGGGCGACCCCUCCGCCGCCACCCGCCUGGCUGCUGCCCAGGAGCGCUGGGAGGCUGCUGGCGGCCCCUCCGCCGACCGCACCAUCAGCCAGGUGCUGGGCGGGCUGGGGUUCGCACCCGGUCAGUUCCACCGGCCCUGCAGCGAGUUCAGCGGAGGGUGGCAGAUGCGGAUCGCACUGGCCCGGCUGCUGCUGGGACCCGCGGGUCAGGGGGCGGGCGGGGGCGGCUCGCUGCUGCUGCUGGAUGAGCCCACAAACCACCUGGACAGGUCCGCCUGCCAAUGGCUGAGCUCCCACCUCUCCUUCGGCCUGCCCCCCUCAGCCAGCCUGCUGCUGGUGUCGCACGACGAGGGGCUGCUGCAGGCGGUGUGCGAGCGGGUGGUGGAGGUGCGGGGGGGCCGGCUGCACGCGUACGUGGGGCGGUACGACAGCUUCCUGAGGCAGCGGACGGAGAGGGAGGCGCAGGCGAGGGCAGAGGCCGCUGCACAGCAGGCGGAGAUAGACCGGCUGGAGGCCUUCGUGACACGCUUCGGAGCCAAGGCGUCCAAGGCCUCCCAAGCCCAGUCCAAGGCUAAGCUGCUUGAGAAGCUGAAGGCCUCUCAGACGCAGCCGCCCGCACCCGCAGCAGCAGCCGGCGCGGGGGAUGCGCGCAAGGUGUCUCUGCGCCUGCCCCGCGCCCCCCCCUGCCACCAGCAAGCCAUUAAACUGGUGGGGGCGGCGCUGGGGUGGGGGCAGCCGCCCGCUGCAGCAGCGGGGACAGCAGCUGGGCCAGGGUCAGCAGCCACGGUUUCACAGCAGCCGCAGGAGGGUCAGCAGCAGCAGCAGGGUCAGGGGCAGGGCGAGGAGGGGGUUGAGGCGCGGCGGCCGCUGCUGAGCGGGUUGGACCUGGUGAUCCAGCGGGGGCAGCGCAUACUGGUGCUGGGCCCCAAUGGUGCCGGCAAGUCCACCCUGCUUCGCGCACUGGCCGGCUCGCUGCCCCUGUGGGCGGGUAGCCGAGUGGUGGGGGAGGGCGUGCGGCUGGGGGUGUUUUCGCAGGACCUGGCGCAGGACUUGCCGCAAGACGUGCCGGCUUUGGAGUAUGUGGAGGGAGUGGCGCGUGCGAACGACCCAGGGGUCACUCUGGAGCGCUGCCGCCAGGCGCUGGGUGCACUGGGGCUGACGGGGAGCAUGGCUCUGCAGAAGAUUGGUGUGCUGUCGGGCGGUGAGAAGGCCCGCGUGGCGCUGGCCUCCCUCUCCCUGCUGCCCGCCAACGUGCUGCUGCUGGAUGAGGCGUCCAACCACCUGGAUGCACAAACCAUAGAGGUGCUGACGGGCGCUCUGCGGGACUUCCAGGGCGCCCUGGUGGCCAUCACACACAACCAGGCCUUCGCCACCUCCCUGCACGCCACCCACAUCCUCCGCGUCUCCGGCGGCACCGCCCGACUGGAACCCAACACUGGACUGGUGGCGGCGGACUUUGAGCACACGCCACACACCGCCUCCGCCUCAUCCUCUUCGGCUGCUAGGUCUUCCGGGGCAGCGGCCGGUGCAGGCGGCGGAAAGAAAGGCAAGAGCAGCAAUGGCGCUGCUGCUGCUGCUUCUGCUGUUGCUCCGGCAGUGACGGCGGCAGCAGUGGCAACGGCGCCUGCUGCCCCUGCCGCAGCCACCCCUUCUGCUGCCGCCCCUGCCGCCGCCGCCCCUGCUGCUGCCGCCAAGCCCAAGGCCAAACGCACGACACUGGCGUACAAGGAGCAGCUGGAGUAUAAGCGCCUUGCUAAGGAGAUGGAGGUGCUGGGCGGCAAGCGGGCACAGCUGGAGGCCAAGCUGGCGGCGGCUGCGAGCGGGAGCUACAGUGAGGUGGAGGGGCUGAGCUUGGAGCUGGCCAAGGUGGCAGAGGAGCUGGAGGCCAAGGAGCUGCGGUGGCUGGAGCUGGCGGAGAUAGCGGGGGACAUCUGAGGGAGGUGUGGUGUGAUGCAGGGGUAGGUAAAGAGGAAACGACUAACGAGGGGAGCAGUGGGGGUGGAACAUGUAUGGGGAGCUGCUGGCGUGUGGUAGGACGGUACCUGCCGUGUGCUGCUCGGUAGGGUAAGGGGAGGGGAGAGCAGGGGAGGUGCGCGGUGUGGACACACGUGGCGUGUGUGACAGGAGGGGCUGUGAGUGAUGUGCAUGCGCCCAUGCGGUGCGCUGAGAGGCCUCGUCUGCAGUGCUGCUGCUGUUUGCGGCUGUGGGUUGGGACUUGGGAGUGUGGAUUAGUGUGGUGUUGUGCGUAGUGCGGUGGUGUUGAGUGGUACGGUACGUUUACGCGCAGGUAGGGUGACUGCCAGCUAGAGAUGCCGUACCGGUAUCCCGCAUAUGAGGGCGCGAGGAGGGGGGUUUUGGAGUGCCCAAGAGAUUGCGGUGUGCGUGCCGACGAGUGGUGCGGGGUGUGAGCGCGGGAGAAGGGUUUGUGGAUGUCAGCGAGCAACGAAACACAGCGGGGGGGUAAGGCGGUUGCUGCAGGGAGAGAGAGCAGCGGUGUGAGACCCUAUUGCCUUAUGCCUCUUCAGACGACCCUAUGGCGAACCAUAUUGUUUCAGUUGGAAGGCAUGCCGAGCAUGGGGUGGAAGUGGGAUGGGGAGAGAUGCCUGAGCGUCUGAUGACUGACAGUACGUCUCUUGUAACUAAACUCUGCUUGCGUUUACCAUAUUCCGGAAAGCGGCUGCUUGGAGAGAGGGAACGGGUACGUGACAUAAUAUGGGUGGGGCACGCUUGCACUGGUACACAUAUACCGGUAGCUGUAAGCGAGGUAGAUAUGUUGCUAGAGGGCUGUGCUCCAGGGACCCUGAAGCAGCUGUUUAGUUGCAAUGCAGGCGGCUUGUGGCUGGAGGACGGCAU